AAUAAUAUUCUACAGCCUCGAGGAGCUCCUGUAGCAAGAAAGAAACGAUGUCGGGUGUGUGGGUGUUCGAGGACGGGAUCGUUCGGCGUGCGGACAGCGACCCGCCCAGCGGCGCCGCCGCCGGCGGGUCGCGCCCAAACAAAGUGCUGGUGCACGUGCCGAGCGGAGAGGUGGUGACGUCGUACGACGUGCUGGAGCGGCGGCUCCGCGAGCUCGGCUGGGAGCGCUACCUCUACGACCCCUGCCUGCUCCAGUUCCACCAGCGCUCCACCGUGCACCUCAUCACCGUGCCCCGCGACUUCGGCCGCCUCAAGCUCGUCCACAUGUACGACGUCGUCGUCAAGACCCGCAACGUCUUCGAGGUCCGCGACGCGGCACCAGCCUGAUGGUCAUCGUGAACACGCUACAGCUACCUGCGGCUGCAUGUGCGCCUUCAUCCUAGCACGUCGGAACCGGUGCUGGGAGGGUCUGCCUGCCGCCGCCGUAUCAGCGUACGUACGAUUGUAUUGUAAGUUUGUGAUUGGUAUGGUCAAGUACACACGCGUGAUUAGCAUGGCGCAGCGCGUGCUCGAUCGUGUGGCCGCUUCUUGCAUGGUGUCCUACGUGGUCUGCCGCCAAAUAAAUGUUACGCGAGACUGCGCCGCCGCUGCCAUAUGCAUGCUUCUUAUAUGUCGAUUUGAGGGUGUGUGUUUCUUCAAUUUGAAACAAAGGUUUGUACAUACAUAGCUAGAUUGAUUUUAUAUGGCCAAUCAUGGUUCAAAAUAGCUAAUUUUUGGUAUUUAACUUUGUCAUAGCCUUUU